AUGGCCUCCGGUGACUCCUGGUUAACUCCUCUCGUUCGAUAUCGAAUUAAUCAGGACUCGCUCAAGCAAGAUAUGCAGGACAUGCAAGAAGAUCCAGAUAUUGAGUUGGGACAGUUCGACGACGUUGAUGCUAAUUUCGGUGCUACCUUAAAGGAUGCCAUUACCGUUGUCAACAAUGAUAAUUAUCAUCCUCGCAAAAAGAAGAAUGUUUUGGUACUAUCAGAAAAUCCUCCGCUCCGACUUCCGCGAUUUUGGAAGAUUCGAGUAUACUGGGCAAGAUUGCUAGGUUGGUGA